AUGUUGCAGCAGGACAGUAAUGAUGACGCUGAAGAUGUUUCACUGUUUGAUGCAGAAAAAGAGACAGCUCGUAGACCUAAAAGAUCCAAAAUCAGACAUCCAGUGGCAUCAUUUUUCCAUUUGUUCUUUCGAGUGAGUGCGAUUAUAGUCUAUCUUCUAUGUGAAUUGCUCAGCAGCAGCUUUAUUGCCUGUGUGGUCACCAUUAUCUUGUUGUUAUCAUGUGACUUUUGGGCAGUGAAGAAUGUCACAGGUAGACUAAUGGUUGGUCUGCGUUGGUGGAAUCAUAUUGAUGAGGAUGGAAAGAGCCACUGGGUGUUUGAGUCCAGGAAGGCAACAGUAAAGUGGUUGGCAGUGGUUAUCACGGGUGUGGUGCUGCAAGGUGCCAACCUCUAUGGUUACAUCAGAUGUAAGGUGGGCAGCAGGAAGAGUUUAACCAGCAUGGCAACCUCGUAUCUUGGAAAGCAGUUUUUAAGACAAAAUACUGGAGAUGACCAGACUUCCUGAGUAGAGAGAAAACUUACGUGUUCUAUUACCUUGGGGAAUAAUUGAAGAGAUUCUUGAUUCUGAACUGUUUAGAGAUCCAUCUGUUUUGCAAAGAGGCAUGUUGGGUUUGUUUUCUACUUAAAAACUUUAUUUAAAAAAUAUGAAACAGGUUUCAUAUUGUUUUUAGUUUUUUUCUAUUUUCUGGGGCUAGAAAGUAUAGUAUCAGAAACAUUUUGAUAUUUGUUUUAUAGUAUACAUGUGUAUGCACAGCCAUGUAAUGGCAGUAUAUCCCAAAAUAAUGUGUUUAUAUACAUAUGUAACAGAUCAUUACAUUUUGAUCCAUAGAGCAUAGGAGGGUGUUCUUAGUC